UGAUUCUGUCUUUUGCUCUUUCUCUCUCCAUCAGACCAGCUGUCCAUCCGCUGUCCUUCGCCGCUGCCUCUUUUUCCGCCUCUUCCUCUCUAGGUUGCGGUGAGAUAUGAAGCGGCAUCAUGGGUUUUAUGGAAUUCUACCUGGAGAUCGACCCCGUCACCCUUAACCUCAUCAUCCUGGUGGCCAGCUAUGUCAUCCUGCUCCUGGUGUUCCUCAUCUCCUGCAUCCUGUACGACUGCCGUGGCAAAGACCCCACCAAGGAGUACGCCCCCGACAACACGCCGGCGCCUCAGAGCCAGUCGCCCAUACGCCUCGUCGUCAUGCAGAAUUCGCCGACCUCCGGCCGCUGUGACCCCAACAACACAUCGGGACACGUGGAGCCUCCGACGCCGGACCUGAGCCGGGACAGAGCAGAGAGGGAGAGGGAGAAGAGGAGCACUCUGGUCUGAAGAUGAAGAGGAGAAGUUUGAGGGAGGAGACCUUCGUUAAGCGGCGCUGCGUCACUCACUGCAGCGUUUUUGUUCUUGAACUCUUAGUUUUUAUUUUCAAAUUUCCUGGAAGAUGCUGCUGAUCUGCAGAGGAGGCCACAGAUGGCUGUCAUCUCCUGCUAAUCCCAGCGUUUCGUUGCCAGCAGAUGAACUUUCCUCCUGGUUUCCGUCCUCCAGCCACGGCUCUACGUUCUGGCUGCUGCAGCAUGGGACUCCUGAGGGCCAGGAGAGAUAUGGACUGGCAGAACUUCACCAGUAUCACCGUUCUCCUCAUCAUGCUUCCUCUCAUUUGGAGGAUUUUUAAAUCUCAAACUGCUGGAUGGUGUCCUGAAGGGGAAACUGACCUGCCUGGAUAAACCAAUGAAAGGCAGGGGGGGGGGCUAAGGUC